AUGCCACGCUCACGCCACGCCAGGCUCACGUCACACACACGCCACGCCAGGGUCACGUCACGCUCACGCCACGCCAGGAUCACGUCACGCUCACGCCACGCCCACGCCACGCCAGGCUCACGCCACGCCCACGCCACGCCAGGCUCACGUCACGCUCACGCCACGCUCAUGCCACGCCAGGAUCAGGUCACGCUCACGCCACGCUCACGCCACGCCAGGAUCACGUCACGCAUUCGCCACGCCAGGGUCACGUCACGCUCACGCCACGCCAGGAUCACGUCACGCACACGCCACGCCAGGGUCACGUCACGCUCACGCCACGCCAGGAUCACGUCACGUUAA